CCAUAAAUUAAAACCAAAAGAAAACAAACUCCAAAAUCCCUUCACCACAGAUCCCAAGAAGAGAAAGAAAAGAAAAGAAAAGAAUGGAGCAGAGAAGCACCUGCAGGAGAACUAAGCUUCCAUUCUCAGAAAACAGCUUCAGCUUCUGCUUCUGCUUCUGCUUCUGCCUCACAAUCAUUCUCUCUCCUCAGUGCACCCAUGCAUACAAAAACUACACAGUGGGGGACUCAUUGGGGUGGUAUGAUAACUUGAUGGAGCCCAAAGUGGAUUACCAGAAAUGGGCUUCUGGAAAGAUCUUCAGCCUUGGAGAUUUCCUCAUCUUCAACACGGACAAGAACCACUCGGUGGUGCAGACGUACAACGCGACGACGUACAAGCUCUGCGACUACAACGACGCGUCGGACGGCGACACGGUGGAGUGGUCGGCCGGCGAGCCGGAGUUCAGCAAGGCCGCGGUCACGGUGGCGGUCCCCCUCCUCAAGGAAGGCCCCACGUACUUCUUUUCGGGGGACUACGACGGCGAGCAGUGCGAGAACGGCCAGCAGCUCGCGAUCAACGUCACGCACGGCCAGGGCCUGCCAGACAGCCUCAAGAACCCGUCCGACCAGUCGUCACCGGCCCCCGCCAGUCCUGACGACGAGAAAAGCGUUCCCGACACGGUGGUUCCGUCGAACUUCGACCAUCCGACGACAACGACGAACGACACCGCCGUCGAGCCGACGUCGGAUGCAGGGACCGUAGCCCGGAAGUUCUGUAGACUGAGUUUGGGUUCAGCUGUGCUUGUUUCUGUUCUGUGCUUUAGCAUUUGAGUGUGACUCAAUUCUCUGUUUCUGCUGUGUUCGUGUGUUGCUUUUAUGAUUUAUUUAUUUAUUUAUUUGUCAGAAUAGUUGUAUUCUGCAUAUACUGUCACUAUGGAGCAAUAGCAAUAAGUUUAUUGUUUUGUCUCAGCAAAA